AUGGCGCUGCCGGCGUUCGGUUUAAACUUGCUUCCCGAGGCUUGCCGUCUGCCUCUGUUCCACGCGGCCUUACUCCUGAGCCUCGGCCCCGAGAGUUUGCUGCAGGGCCUAUCGGCCGUCGCUCGACGGCCGCUCGAGUCCGAGUGCAAGUUCAGUGGGAGAGAAGUAACGCGGCUCAGGCGGGGGCGGGGCGCCCGCCCGCCGCGGGCGGCCGCGCCCGGGAUGAUCGACCUCGUGCUGAUCCAGUUCGCCCUCAGCGCGGUGGCCUUCCUGCUGCGCUUCAGCGAGGACUGCUGCGCCUCGUGGGCCUUCAGGUGCCGCGCGUGCCUGUCCUGCUGCUGCAGAUGUGCCGCCCCGCCGCGCAAGGGCCAGAGGGAGGAGCGGCUGCUGUGCAGGGUGCUGUCCUGGCUGAUGCCACGGUGGUACUGGGUCUACCUCAGCGGGCAGGCGGGGCUGCUCCUGCGGGAGGCCUUCGUGAUCAACACCAUGGUGCUUGACCCGCACCGGCCGGAGACUGGCUGGUGCUGGGAGGUCAUCGUGAGCAACGCCGCGUCGUGGAUCGUCCUGCUCGCAAACUGGGCGGAGGUGCGCCGUUUCGCGCUGGUGCGCAACAUGGACGUGCCCCACAAGCCCAUCGAUCAGGUGAUGGACAUGCUGCUGCUGCCCUCCAACUAUUGUUUUUUCUGCAACCUCAUCGUUCGCCUGAUCAGGCUGCAGUCUGGCAGCAGGUUCUCGCACGAGGAUACCCAGUCGCUUGCGCACACCGUUAUCGCCAGCGCGGAGCUGUGGGAGGCCUGGGCGCUGUGGUCAGUCCUGGAGCUCUUUGUCACUGUGGUGAACAGCAACGUGAGGCGAACUGUCACCGUGGAGCGCAGCCACGACGCGCACUACCUGGACACGAUCUCCGGCUACCAGAGGCUGAGCAUCCAAGGCGUGCAAGUGUGGGUCCUGAUGCUCUCAGGGGCGAUCACGUCGGAGGUCGUCGUGAAGGGCGUCGUGGCCCUGUACAUGCCGACGCUAUGCCACCAGGGGCUCUCGAUCUUCGAGGGGACGGGCUGCGAGUCCUGCGCGGAGUGGUACGACAAAAACAUCGGCACCGCGUCGAUGUGUGUGAUCUACCUCCUGUGCUCCUUCGCCAUCGCCUUCGUGAUGUACUUUGAGGAUGCGUUCAAGCACGGCUGCGGAUCUGCACGAUAUCCAGCCGUUUUGGAAGUUCUUGGGUGUCAAGAGUGUGGUAUCCAUAACAUUUUUCCAGUGGCUCGUUCUGACAUACGCGCUGGGCUUUGA